CUUCAUCACACACGGGGACGCGCUCCGCAUGCCCGCUGCCUGCUGCGUUCAGGGGCCGCAGGAACAACGACCUCCACCACUUUCACUGGUGGAACACCUCAGUCCGUCCAGAACCAAACAUCUCAGUGCGUCCACCCAGAACCGAGCCAGAGUUUACCUGAAAUAAUGUUGGUUCAGAAACUAAAUGUACCCUAACGAGUUCAGAACCAGACAUACUUAAUGGAUCCGAACUGCCAUCACUGCAUUCUAUAUUCUAAAAAAUAGUUUGUUUCUGUGGUUCGGUUCUGUGGUUCGGUUCUGGUCAGACUUCAAUAAACUUCAGUCAUUUUCACAUUAACAGGCUUCAGUGCUUCAAAGAAGAAUACAAUUUCCAAUAUUCAUAAAUGCAGCAUUGAGUGGUACAGAUGCUGGUGAGCUUCAGGGUGCUUUCACACCUGUUAGAGUGGUUCGUUUGGACCCAAAUGUUGCUAUUUUCAACUAGUUCGGUUCGCAUUCACACCAGUGUUUUCGCAGUUGAACCAACUACGAUGAAUGUUAUAUCUCCCCCAGUCGUUUGGCGGCGCUGUUCACAAAAUAAGGUGUUAUAGAUGACGUAGGUGAACGCUGAUUGGCGCAGCAUGUGAAGAGGGAAAAAUCUUGGAAGAAAGCAACAGGCUGUGUUUAUUCCAUGGAUCGAGGUUUAUUCGUAAACAAUGAACUAUGCUCUCCUGUUCGUUCUUGUUGCCAUAUAUUCGUAUCAUUGCUUUAUGCAGCAAGCACAAAUACUGCUGUUGUUCCAGCGUGAAGCUCGCAUUCGGUACGAGAACAUUACACAGCCGUUUUUGGCACGGAGAAGAUGCAUUGCAAGACGUUAUCGUUAUCCCAUAAUUCCCUGUGCAGGUUGCUACGGAAGCUCCCGUAGACCAAAAAGUCUGCUGCGUCAUCAAGCCGGUCCGAAUGGAGACAGAGCUCCAGCUGCCCAGACCCCCACCUGCUCUGCCCGCCAAACCUUGUCCCUCUCUGGUUCCCCGCCUUGGCUCCCUCCUGCCUCGUGAUCCCUGGUCGGACCUCCCUGACCGGAACCCCAGACCUUCCAGCCUGGAACCCCGGAUCUCCCUACCAGGACCCCCGGACCUCUCCCCACGCACCCCUGUCAGGUCUGACUCCCCCCCCGGUACUCCCUCACUCCUUCCCUCAAUAAAACCUGUUGAAAUCUGUCUCUGCCUCGGUCGUGUGGUUCUCUGCACGGGUUCAGCCCUGAUUCGUGACACCUACAGAGGAGACCAGGAUCUGGAUCAUCUCACUGAACAGAACCAGUGGCCCAGUACCAGCUGGACUCUCUCAAUCCGAGACCAACUCUCUGUCUGAGAUGUUCUUUAUGUUCCUGGAACCGUUUUCUCCUGGUGUUGGACCUUUAAAUAUGUUUGAAUGAACUAAUUGUAUUUUUGUGUAAUUAUUCAGACCAUCUGUGAAGUUCCCAGAGGUUGAGACUCUCCAGCAUCCAGACAUCUUCUACGGCAUCUACACAGUGCCCGCGGGCAUCCUGUUGCCCUGACCACGUCAGUCGCAUGCAGGCCUGUUCUAAAAUUAGCUCAAAUAACCGCACUUAUCAGUGAGCUGCAUCUAUUUAUUUUAGUUUAGUUUAUUUUUGCUAUUCUUGUUUAAAUCACACAUGUGGACUGGAAAUGACAAUAUAUAAUUUAAUUUUUUAAAAUGAUUAGUAUAAAUGAAUCAUCUAUUGAUCAAGGGUCAGUAUUGUGCACAGGCCCAAAACGUAGCGUUUGUAGAGCAGCAAAAACAUGAUGGUUGACCCUAAAAAAGAUGGCAGUAAAAAGAAAGAAAACCGAUCGCUUUCACGAUGAAUGGGAGGUAGAGUUAUUUUUUUACCAUUGUGAAAGGAGCCUGCGUGUGUCUCAUUUGCGGGGCGACUGUAGCGACGGCAAAGCGGCACAAUGUGGAGAGACAUUUCACAACUAGCCAUACAAGCUACCAUGCUAACUAACCACUGGGCAGCGCACUACGAGCAGAAAAAGCUCGCGAUUUAAAGGCAGCUUUGAGCAAACAGCAAUCGUCUUUCAAGAGGCCGGCGAAAAGCUCCCAAAAAGCAACCGAAGCCUCAUUAAGAGCUACACAAUUCUUGAUUAAGAAAAAGAAGGCAUUUUCAGAUGGGGCGGUUGUCAAAGAAACAAUAAUUGCUAAAACUGUGCUUGAAGACGAGAAGUACGGAACCGAUGUAAUCUCCACUCUCUCUGAUGUUCAGCUGGGUGCAUCUACAAUGGUAAGACGAGUGUCGGCGAUGUCCGUGAACUUGGCCGACCAGUUGGACCGUGAUCUGGCGAGGUGCAGGUGGUUCAGUAUCCAGUGUGAUGAGUCGGUGGACAGCAGCAGUACAGCGCAGCUGAUGGUCUUUAUCAGGAUGGUGUUUGAUGAUUUCUCCACAAAAGAAGAACUUCUGACACUACUGGACUGGAUGAAUGGAAGUGAUCAUUUGAAAAUGUUCAAUUUGAGAAACACUGGAACUUGAAAAUAUAGAAAUAAAGUGUUGCAUAUUGAUAUUAAUUUAUUUCCUAUCUUAUUGUUGAUAUUUUUGUGAGAAAUCAUUAACAUGAUCAGUGUCUUCACAUAGCUAAAUACCAUUGAUUAUUAAUAAUAAUGUAUAAUUAAAGCUAAAUUGAGCAAAUUGGCUAUUUCAGCAGUGUGUAUCAAACUGAUUGCUCUUUGCCUUAAUCAGCACCCAGGAAGUAGCCCUCGGUUUCAAAAAGGUUGGUGACCCCUGAUCUACAGCAUCUACAGCAGGUUUCUAACUGGACAACUGGAGACGCUUCCAGCAGCUGAUUGGAGGAUAAAUCCAUCCUUUCUAUCCGUCUUACAGGAGAAUGUUCAUGUUCAGUGCGGGACUCUGGUCUACCAACAGCUAGUCCUUGUAUAUCUGGGAUAUUUCACACCAGGAUUUUUUUUUUUAAACAUCUGAUUCAGUUUUCAUCCAUCUGCAAAUAUGACCAUCAGAACCGCCCGUCCGGACCGGGUUCAGCACUUCCGACCCCGGAUGCACUGCCUCAAAAAGCUGGAGGCCAUAGUGGUGGAGAUGCAGGACCAGAAAAGUGGAGUUAAAGGCUCAGAGCAGAAACUCAACGUCACUACAAUCCCACAUGUCCUCACUGGGAAGGACAUCAUUGCAUGGAUUGCCAACAAGAUGAAGACCACUCCAGAAGAGGCUCAGACCUUCAGCACCAUGUUGGUGGCUUACGGCUACAUCUACCCUCUGCAGAACCACAAGAAGCUGGUCAUGUGCAACGACUCCAGCCUCUACCGCUUCCAGACUCCGUACUUCUGGCCAACACAGAAAUGGUUUGCAGAAGACUCUGAUUAUGCCAUUUACCUGGCAAAGAGGAACAUCCGCAAGAAGGGCAUGCUGGAACCCUAUGAACAGGCCCAUUACAACCAUCUCCAUGAAUGGCUCAACCACAAGUGGGACUUUAUUGUGAUGCAGGCGACUGAACAAUACAAGGCCGGUAAGGAGAGGAAGAAGCCUGAUCGUGUGGUGUUUGACUGCCAGGAAAGAGCUUAUUGGAUUGUUAACAAACCUCCGCGUCGGACUCACAGUGCCAUAGACUGCGGUCCAGAGAGACUCAUUGAUCCCGACGCUGAUGAGAAAAUCACCUUUGACCAGUACAGAAGGCAGAACAUGUUCUAUCAACAAGCCAUCAUGAGGUCCAAAGUGAAAUCCAGUGUUUCCCUCGGAGCGUUGGUUAAAUACAUUACUACGUAUAAAAACCAUGACCCAUUCCUAGCUCCAUGCCUCCCCAGCAACCCCUGGCAGACUGACCACGAUGCCUACUGGAGUCUGAACAUGAGAAGGGUUGAUCUUCCCACGAAGAUGCGAGUCGAGCGUUGGUCCUUCAGUUUGUUUGAGCUUCUGAGUGACCUGCGAGGCCGAGACGAUUUCAAGGUUUUCCUGAAGAAGGAGUUCAGCGGUGAGAACUUGGCCUUCUGGGAAGCAGCUGAAGAACUGAAGUGGGGAACUGCAGCAUCCAUGACAGCAAAAGCCGAGACAAUCUUCAAGACCUUCCUGGCCCCUGGAGCUCCUCGCUGGAUCAACAUCGAUGGACGGACCAUGGGUCUGACGGUCAAAGGUCUGGACCAUCCUCACCGCUACGUUCUGGAAGCAGCUCAAACCCACGUCUUCCUGCUCAUGAAGAAGGACACAUUCUUCCGUUACCUCAAGUCCCCGGUGUACAAAGACAUCCAGAAGAAGGCUCUGAACCCUGAAGCUCAUAACUUCAGUCCGGCCCAGCUGGAGCAAAAUGCCAACAGCCGGAGUCCAGGCAUCCAUCCCAUAAUACUCUGGCAGCAGGAGGAGGAGGAGAAGGCCAAAGCUGCUGCUGCUUCAGCUCCUGUGGAUGUCAAAGCCAUGAUGAGCAAAAUAGACAGGAAGAAGUAACGAGCUUCAACAGGAAGCAGAGAGAGGAACAUUUAGAGUCCUUCAGACGAGUCCAGAGAUGAUCGGAGAGAAAAAGAACUGAAGACAGAAAAUAUUACAAAGAGAUGCAGAAAAAAUGCUGAAUGAUGAAGGAGUUUCUGUUUCCAGGACCACCGUCUAAUCAGUAGAGUUUCAUGACCUUCAUCUCAUAUUUGAUUAAAGGUUCUUCAGAAAGAUGUACUAAAUAUCAGAGAACUAGAAAAUCCUCCUGCAGUGAAUCUGUUCUGUACGAAUGAAUCUAAUCUAGCUGAUCGUUCAAUAUCAUACUUUACUAUUAUUAUAUUUAAUAUUAUUAUUGCUGCUGUUAUUAAAACAUUAGCUUUUUGCAAAGCCAACAUUUUUUACUAGAUGCAGAUUUAACAGUUGAGGUUUAUAUGUAUAUUUCACCAUAAAUAUAACAAAAGAAGAUUCUGAAACACCAUCUUAAGAUUGUCCGUUAGAAAUACUGCAGCUGUUCAGAGAGAAAUACGACGUUAGAUUCACUAAAUAAUUCUAGUCCAAAUGUUCCACCGUAUAUUACAGGGAAAUGUUCUUUAUGAAGCAUUUGUACAGUCUGUAAACAACUUUACUGACAGAUUGGGUUUGUUAGGAUCCGUUCUGGUGACUUUUUCUGUAUAUUAUAAAUCACAAAUAAAUUAUAAGACUGAAGAUGA